AUGAAACCUAACGUGAUCGUCAAGGAAGAAGUUUUGGAGGAAGUUCGGAACGUCGUCGAACCCGCUGGGAAGGCUAAUGCGAUUUGCAUAAGCAUCAGCAGCGGCAGUAGUUGUGGUUCUUUGGACAACCGUUUGGCCGAUUUCGACGAAGACGAUGAUGAUGAUGACUCGGACGACAUGGAAGCAAGUUGUCAUCGUCGGAAGAAGCCCAGACUGAUGGAGUCGGUGCUACCCUUGGGAUUCUUGGAUCCUCUCCCGCCCCAUGAGCGCGCUCGGUUAAAUUCCCAGAUCCAAACCGCCUUGCCGUUGAGUACUUCUCACCCUACUAGCAUGGCGGAUUCGAGUUCGGGUUCGGGGAACAAGCAACUCAAACGGAAGGCAGAAGCUGCUUCUCCAUUGUUUCAGAGCUGCAAGCAGUUCUGGAAAGCUGGGGAUUAUGAGGGAACCAUUUGUCCCGCUCCUCCCUCUCAUUCCGUUGCCAUGGAUCAUGUCAGAGUCCAUCCAAAGUUCUUACAUUCAAAUGCCACAAGUCACAAGUGGGCUUUGGGAGCUUUUGCAGAGCUUCUAGACAAUGCUUUAGAUGAGGUCUGCAAUGGAGCAACAUAUGUCAAUGUCGAUGUGCUGAAAAGUAAUAAAGAUAGGAAUAGUAUGUUACUGGUUGAAGAUAAUGGUGGUGGAAUGAAUCCUGAUAGAAUGCGUCAAUGCAUGUCUCUCGGCUAUUCUUCCAAAAGCAAAUUGGCGAAUACCAUAGGCCAAUAUGGGAAUGGGUUCAAGACAAGUAGUAUGAGGCUUGGAGCAGAUGUGAUUGUGUUCUCUCGUUGCAAGGGGAAAGAUGGAAGAAGCCCAACGCAAAGCAUUGGGAUGCUAUCUUACACAUUUUUAAGGGGAACGGGGAAAGAAGAUAUUGUUGUUCCCAUGAUUGAUUUUGAAAAAAGAGGAGAGUCUUGGGAUAUGAUGGUUCGAUCUUCUGCCAAUGAUUGGAAAAGGAAUUUGGAGACUAUAGUGCAGUGGUCUCCAUAUGUAAGUGAAGAUGAUCUCCUAGACCAGUUCAAUCUUUUGAAUGAUCAAGGUACUCGUAUCAUCAUAUACAAUCUUUGGGAGGAUGAUGAAGGAUUACCAGAACUUGAUUUUGAAGCAGAUAAACAUGACAUUCAAAUAAAGGGUGUUAACCGGGAUGAGAAGAAGAUCGCGAUGGCAAAAACUUACCCCAACUCUAGGCAUUUUCUGACAUACCAACAUUCUUUAAGGAGUUAUGCAUCCAUACUGUAUCUGAAGCUGCCAGCAGGAUUUCAAAUCAUUCUGAGAGGGAGGGAUGUUGAGCAUCAUAAUGUAACCCAUGAUAUGAUGAUUUCCAAAGAAACCACAUAUAGGCCAAUACCUAUUGUUGGUAGUGAUUUGUUUGCCGUAGUGACUAUUGGUUUUGCAAAAGAUGCCAAAUAUCACAUUGAUAUACAAGGAUUCAACGUCUACCAUAAGAAUAGGCUCAUUAAGCCUUUCUGGAGGGUUUGGAAUGCUGCCGGAAGUGACGGCCGUGGUGUAAUAGGCGUCUUAGAAGCUAAUUUCAUAGAGCCUGCUCAUGAUAAGCAGGGUUUUGAGCGCACUAUAGUUCUCACAAGACUUGAGAAUCGUUUACAGUACAUACAGAAGGAAUAUUGGUUGACAAACUGUCAUCUAAUUGGUUAUGCAAAGAGACGUGACAAGAAAAAUAGCUCUCCGCCUGCUAAAACCAAAUCUUCCUCCAAAUUAAACCCGAAUAAUAAUAACCAUUCUAACAAAAAAUCGAAUUUGAAAACCAAAGUGGAACAUGAACCAGUUGCAGACACCAGUGAAGAAGAAGAGAUUGCUACAGUUGAGUGUAGGACAGAAACAAGAAACCCAUCCCAGCUGGCAUCAAACCCUCAGCAAGAAUGCCCCCCAUCUAACAGGAAAACUGAGAGAAACGCUGGAGGAAGCUUAGCUGUGACUAUGACAAGUGUCACCGGAGACGAACAACAAUUAGAUUAUACUCAUCUGGUGUUGAUACAAAAGUUGACGGAGGAGAAUAUUGAGCUCAAGAAAAGUAUGGAGGAUGCUCUGAAAGAAUUGCAGUACGAAAGGGACAGAAAUAGGAUUCUGGAAAACAAGCUCGUGGAAGCAGGGAAAAGGACGGGAUUAAUAGACGAAGAACUACAAGUUUUCAUUGAUAAGUUUGCAGAAGAAAGAAAUCAAAGGGAAGAAGAGGAAGAGAAAUUAAGGAAAAGACUAAAGGAUGCUUCUGAGACCAUACAAGAAUUGCUCAACAAAGUGAAGAUGCUAGAAAGUAAGAUGGUAGUACGUUGCAAAAGUGAGUCCUGAGCCACCAAAAUGAAAGAGAUCAAAUAUGCAUCAUGGUUAUGCUUAUUCUUCCUUAAAUGGUAGAGAUAUUGUGAGUGGUAAAAUCCUACCAGACAAAUACAUGCAAUAGUGCAGUACUAAUUUUCCCACCUUUUUCUGGAUUAGUAUGUAGGUUGUGGGGGUGGGUGACCCAUUAUGAAACUUAAGUGGAUUUGUAGCCAUGGUUACCAUUUUUUAGGACUGUGAGAGCCAUUCUUGU